AUGAUUCCAAAAAGUAAUUUUUGUGAAGUCCAUCCUACAUGUGAAAUAGGAGGUAUUUAUAAGGAAUUGAACAAUAAAUAAUGUCCGAGAAAGUUAUGCUUUGAGUGCAAUGUAACACUCAAAAUACCACCAGAGAGUAUUUUAACUAAGGAAAUUUUGAUUUAAAAAAUAUCUGAAAAGUUAAAUUCAUUAGACAUAAAUCAUCUCUUAAAAGAAAAUGUAGCUAAAACCAUUUUAAAGCGUUUUUAACAAUAACUUGAUUUGUUUUAAGCAGAAAUAUUUUAGAUAUUUUCUAGUAUUCAGGAUUCAGUCAAUGCUAUUUCAGAUGAAGAGAAAGCAGAAGAUGAAAAAUUUAUCAAACUGAUUAAUAAAGAUUUUAAUCCUUUUGAUUGUUCUAACAAGGAAUUAGAUUUUUUAAUAAAUUUUAUUGAAGGAAACAUAUUUGAUGAAUGGAUAUAAAGAAAAAAAAUUUUAAAUUCAUUAUUAUAAAAAGCAGAAUUAUUCUUGAAUAGUCUCAUCUAAAGUUCAUAUAAGACCUGUUUCUUAUUUGAAAAUAUUCAUAUGAAUUUGUAGGAGUUUAUAAAAAACUAAUAUACUAAAGUUUAAUCUGAACCUAUUUAGCAAUGUGUAGGAUUAUAAAAAGUUAAAAAUAAGUUAGAAAAAAUAAAAUUUCAAAUAUAAAAAAGGAAAAAUGGAGAUAUUGUUUAUUAGAAGGAUGGAUAAAUUCUUAGAAUGUAAAUUAAUAACGAUAUAUUAUUAUAGAAUAAAAAAUACUUUUGAUUUAAAAAUUGACAAUUUAUUUGAUAAUCUUGAAUAAAUAAAAUAUUUAGAAUUUUCAGGAUAAAAAGGAGUUAAAGAGUAUAAAAUUAAACAAUGGAAUUAUUUUUGGAAAGGAUAACUUAUAGGAGGAGGCACAUAUAAUUUAAUUGGAUAAAAGUAAGGAUAAUGGAAAGAAUUAAUUAAGAAUUUUUGGGAGUAUUAAAUAUAAUUAAUUAAUUAUAGUUAAAAAAAUAUAAUAGAAGAAGGCAACUAUUUAGAAGGAAUUAGAAAUGAUGUUUGGAAUUACAUCUGGAAUGAUUAAAUAAUGUAAGUGUAUAAAUAAUAAUAAUUAAGUGGAGGAGGAGCCUAUGAUAAAUAAGGAAAGGGGCUAAAAACUGGAGAAUGGAUUGAAUUAAGUGAUGAUUUCAGUGAGGAAAGUUAAGUAACUUUUAAUGGUGAAUAUAAUUAAAAUGGUAUGAAGGUUGGAAUGUGGGAUACUAUGUAUUGUAAUAACAACUAGAAGGAAUAUAAAUAAAUGUAAAUAUAAAUGUAAAAAUAUUUUAGUGGAGGUGGAUUGUAUGUUGAGUCACAUAAUUAAGAAAGUAAUACAAUAAAAAUUGGGAAAUGGAUAGAGUUAAAUGAGGGAUUUUCUUAAAAUUCUUAAGUCACUUAUAAUAGGGAAUAUAAUGAGAAGGGUUAAAAAAAAGGAAGAUGGGAUAUUAUGUAUAGCCGAAAUUAAUAUUAAAAAUAUAACUAAAUGUAAAUAUAAAGGUAAUAAAUAUUGUAGUGGUGGUGGAUUAUACGAAGAAAAGGAUGGUCGACAUUCAAUAAAAAUUGGAACCUGGGUUGAAUUGUGUUAAGAUUUUAAGGAUGAAAAUUUAGUCACUUAUCGUGGCGAUUAUAAUCAGAAUGGUUUGAAAAUAGGUUAAUGGAUUAUUAUGGCUAAUGGAGGAUAGUUGUAUGUAUAAAGGUUCAAAAAAUUAACUUAGGGGUCAAGGAUAAUAUAAGGAAUAGGAAGGAGGAUCAAAAAAGGCUGGAAAAUGGAUAGAAUAAUGGGAAAAUUUUUAAGUUUGUUAAGAAAUUCAUUAUGAAGGUGAAUAUAAUAGUAAUGGUUGUAAAAAAGGUGUAUGGGAUAUAAAAUUUUAUGGAAAGAAAACGUAAAAAUGUUAAAUAAUUAUGUUAGCGGUGGUGGAUAAUAUGAUGAUUAAGAAGAAGUUUCAAAAAAAAUUGGAAGCUGGAUUGAUUUAUUUGAUGGAUUUCAUAAGCAUGCAUAAGUUACUUUUUGUGGUGAGUAUAGUGAAAAGGGAUAGAAAAUAGGAAAACGGGAUACGAUGGCUUGGGGAAAAAAAAUGUAUAUAUCAAGAGUAAAAAUAUUUAAGUGGUGGUGGAUAAUAUGAGGAGUGGGAAGAAGGUUCAAGAAAAAUUGGAAGUUGGAUUGAUAUAGGAGAUGAUUAUUGGUUUGAGAAUUUAGUCACUUAAAGUUAGAAAGAUUAUAUUUUUCAUUAACUUUCUCAAAUUUGA